AUGUCAGCGAUUUACAAUCUCGAGCCGCAGCCAACGGCGUCGGCAAUCAUCCACACGACCCUGGGAGAGAUCCUCGUUGAACUUUUUGCCAAACAAGCCCCUCUCACCUGUCGCAACUUUCUGCAACAUAGUCUGGACGGGUACUACGAUGGCACAGUUUUCCACAGAUUAGUCCCCAACUUCAUUUUACAGGGUGGUGAUCCUACAGGUACCGGAAAUGGCGGCGAGUCCAUCUACGACGGCGGCGCGUUCGGCGGCGACUUGGAUCCGUGGCCAAUGGACGAGCGAAGGGGCCAAAAUGCAGGCCCUACAGGCAUAAACUUCAAAGACGAAUUUCACUCACGUCUCAAGUUCAACCGAAGAGGUCUGUUAGGUAUGGCCAACGAGAGUCGUGCAGAUACAAACGGCAGCCAGUUCUUUUUUACAUUGGAUAAAACCGAGGAGUUGAAUGGGAAGAAUACAUUGUUUGGACGGGUCGCGGGCGAUACGAUAUAUAAUUUGGCCAAGAUUGGAGAGUCCGAGGUAGACGAAGCGAGUGAAAGACCGCUAUAUCCAGUGAAGAUUGAGAAGGUGGAAAUAUUGGUGAAUCCGUUUGAGGACAUGAAAAAGAGAUCGAGGGUCGCGACACAAGCUGUGGAAAAAUCACUGUCUGCGGAUAAAUCGAAGAAGAAGAAGAGGAAGGGAGGCAAACAGCUGCUAAGCUUUGGGGAUGAGGAGGUGGGAGAGGAGGAAGAGCCGGUGUUUAAGAAGGCCAAGUUUGACACGAGAUUGAUUGCACAGGAAGAGGAGCCAGCGGAGGAGCCAAAGAAAGACAAGACCGGCAAAAAGAAAUCUGCCAAGGAAGACAAGAAGAAGAAUCCUAUGCUGCAGGAGCACUCUGACGAGGAACGACCUGCUCCAAAUGCAGAGAAUAUCAAGCAAACAAGCCAACCAAAAGAAGACGCCCGAGAAGAGGCGGAGGAAUUAUCAGACGUGCCAGAACCGCCAAAGAAGACGGCUCUCCAAAAAGCCAAUGAAGAGCUGGCGGCAUUAAAGGCCUCGAUGCGUCGAACCAUUCACUCGGAACAGCCGGCAGAAGACACAAAGAGGAAGUCUGCUCUCGAGUCCAUGAUACCGGAGACAUCAAUGCGAGCGAGGAAGCGACGACCAGGAGGCAACAAUACUAGCGCAAGCGAUGAUCAAGCGGCCAUGCGUCUGUUGCGUGCUUUUCAGUCGAGGCUGGAAAAGGCUCCGCCAGAGAAGGAAAUACCUGAAUCUGCAGAAAAGGGAGACGAGGGCAGCAGGGAUGCAACAGGCGCAGAUGAUGAAGCAGAGCUUUGCGAUUUGCACUUUAUUGCCAACUGCCAGAGCUGCACGGCUUGGGACAAACAGGACAAGGAGGAGAGCGACGACGAGGGCUGGAUGUCACACUCGCUGUCCUUUGCAGCAGAUAGGCUGGGUAAAGACCUGAGUAAUCGGAAGAAGGCGGAGGAAGAACUGGUGGUCAUUGAUCCGCGGGAGAAGGCCCGUACGCUUAAAGAGGACAAACGGGCGGACCGGGAGGCGAAGAUGGGCGGAUCGCGGGCUUGGGAUCAAGCGAGGGACCAGGCUCGCAAUGCGAAGUUGGCGAGGAUUAGUUCGCUUGCAGGUAGGGGGGCCAAGUAG